CUCAGCGACCGGAAACGAGAAGCUUGCUCUAUUUUUACCGAUAAUAUCUGGGUCAAAGUAUUCGUGACAUCACUUCUAACGUCAGCUGGCCGUUAGUCUGUUGGCACCGCGUCAGGUUUAGAUCGGUUGACGGUUGGUUUUGGGGGAAAUGGGGCGAAAGAAGCGUGAAGCUGGUCACGUGGACAGAGGAUUACCAGACACACCAGCGAUGAGAAGACGUUACAGGCCCAGGAGACUUCUGACCAACAGGCAUCAUGAGGCGUUUCCAGAGGAGGCUGAAGAGCAGGAGGUGGUCGACCACCCGGUCAAACCAUCCGAUCCAGUGAGGACCAGCAUCAAGCCUGUCCAGUGCAAAUCUGUGAUUAACUCGAGCCGCCCUACAUAUACUGGAAACAUGACCCCUGACCCAGAGCCUGUUAAACGUGGUGGAAGUGUAGUUAAAGAUGAGGAGCAGAACUUGGAAGCGACCCCCGAAAGCGUCACGUCUUCCAGCUCGGGGACAGAUGCAACGUUCAGCUUUGAUGAUGAUGAUGAGGAAGACUGUGACUCUUCUGCCUCCUCCUCCUCCAGUAGCCUUCCCUCGCCAGAGAUCUUCAGGAGAGAAAACUAUGUGGAUGCUUUGACUUCCCCUAUGAAGGAGGAGACACUGGAUCUCCAUCUUGACGUAAAAAACUCCACCUUGCUGGAUGUGAGCCACGCCCAGAACAUCCACAUGCACGACCUCCCCAACAUUUCUACCAUCAGUAAUGCCUCCACAACUCGUGUGCAGAUGAAUCGUGAGAUCAGACGCCCUGAAGCUGCGACCCAAAUACAAAUAGACUCAUUUAAAUCAGAAACGUUCAAGCGGAAAACUCCAGUGAAACUCAGAAGACCUAUUCUGUGCAAGAAGAAGGUGUCGUUCAAAACCCCCGUCGGGCGGGAAGCGAAACGCAUCUCAGUGGUCAGAACAACCUUUCCAAAUACCAGUGAGUCAGCUCAAAGGCCCAGCAAGGCCGAGCAGGUGAAGCCCCAUGCAGAGGCGCCAGGAGUGGGUGAGAUGAACUCUGAAGACGGCACGCCACAGCUGAGGGUGACGCUGAAAAGGCCCGUGAAGAGGAUACCUAAGAAAGCCAAGUUCUUUCACUUUGUCAGUGACGGUGACAGGGAUCUGUUCUUUCAGCGGGCGAGAGAGAGGUGUGCCAAACUCAGGAGUAUUACUUUGUUUUCCACUUACGGCUGCUAAAAAGAUAGACACAAAAAUACUGAAUGAAAAACCGUCACCUUUCUCCCAUAAAUAGAUCAGCGAGGCCUGUGAGUGAAGUUUUCCUCGAGAAGAAUGAGUUUCAAAACAACAUGUAUGAGACUUAAUGUAUAAAAUGUAAUUAUAAAAUCUGUUUUAUACAACUGUGUUAUUUAAAGAGCUGCUUUGUGUCUGCCUACCAUACAAAAUGGGCCCCCAUGUGCCUCUCUUUUUAGGGCCGAGAAUAUUAAUACAUAACCAGAUAUUAUAUUUAUAUAUUUUUAUGAAAGUGCACUUCUUUUUCCCACACAACCACUUUCAACCCUUUCUACAUGUUAUGUGGUGCCAUGUGACCACUAGAUGUCAGACCUGUAUCCUGUUAAAUAACCAUCUUUUUUUAUUGUUCUGACAGUUUUUGUUUUAUACAUGUGACUUGAAAAUAUACGUUGUUUGCUAUCUUUAAAUGUAUCUUGAUUUAUUAUUUUGACCGUGUGCGCACAAGGCUUCUGUUGAAGUUUAAUUUAAGGUUAAUAAAGUUCAAAUGUGAGUUUAUUCUAGGCUAUGAUAUUCUGGAUUUGUGAGUCCUUUAUCUUUGUAUGUAAGUUUACUCUUGGGCAUCAGAAAAAAAGUAUUUAA